AUAGAGUCUAACUAGUAUGUUAUUUCUAUGAUUAUAAUAUUGUUGUAGUAAGUAAAUACGGAAUGUAUAGACCUGCAUCAUCAUCAAAUAAGAGCAGUUGGAAUAUCCAUAAGUAUGCACGAUUCUACCAGAAGCCAGGUACUCCUGAGAACACCAAUGCCAGUGGAUACUGGAAGUAUUUUGAAGAUGUUAUCCUCGCUGUGACUGAAAACAAUUGUUUGAUGCUAAUGAAGGCUGACAUCAUCCUGGAAAGUUAUUCACUGUGGAAUAGCAUGAACCAGCUGAAAGGCAUGUGGAAAGGUGACAGCUUGCUAAUUAUCUGCAAAAGCCAGAAUGAAGCCCGGAAGUUCAGAGUAAAGUUUCACAGCAACGAGGAGAAGACUGGCAAUGGUCACUGCCUUGAUUGUGUACAAAUGCUGUCUUCGUACUUCCUCAUCAAGCCAGCAACCGAAGCUACUCAAGAAGACUCUUUACGUGAUGAUGCUGAAACACAGGAUAUGCGGGCAUGCAGCAAGACAUGCGAAGAGCUUGCAGGCACGGUACCUCUAAAGACUUUGGCUCAAUCAGUGCUGGCCAACCAAGGCAACCUGCCCUUGCCAUAUCAGGAGGCCACCCCUUACGCAAGCUGUGACGACCGGAUUCAGAAUGCUGUGCGCACGUGUCUUACAGAUCCUCAGUUCCCACAGUUUGUAGCGAAGGUAGAAGAGCAUCUUAUACAGCUGUUAGAUCCAUUAGUUACUCCGAAUCUUUCUGCAGUCUGAUUAAAGCAUGCAGAAAUAUUAAACUUUUAAAAAUAAUGCAAAUUUUAUGGUUUCUGUACUAAUGUAUCGUAAUAAAUGUGUUCAUUGCCCUAUGUAGUGA